GUGCUGCAUCCGCGGCCGCCCCUGUCCAGGCUUCCCGCCGGAGACCUACCGGGUCGUUCGCCGCCGCGGAGCUCGCAGCCGGAGCGCCUGGGGAAGACAGGGAUGGAGAGAGGGCUGUCGCGUGCCGGAACCUGCUGAGCCUGUCGCCGCAGCUGGAGUCCAGCUUACACUUACUUUGACAAAAACUAAUUGGGAUCAGUUACUUGAAGACAGUUCUGUGUAGCGUCUGCACAGUCAAAACAGGCACAAUGAAGCAUUUCCUCAGAAUGUUGAUCCAGGUGUGCCUGUAUUUUUACUGUAAGUUUUUGUGGCGCUGUCUGAAAUUUGUAAUGAGGAAGCUGACAGGAAAAUGUGAGCUGCAACGGAUCUGUUACAGUACCAAGCCUGGAGCUUCUAGAACCAUGAAAAUCGAAACAUCACUGAGGGAUUCAAAAAGUAAGCUGUUGCAGACUUCAGUAAGUGUUCACCCUGACGUUAUUGAAAAAACUAUAGAAGACAUCAUGGAACUGAAAAAAAUCAACCCUGACGUAAAUCCACAGUUGGGAAUCUCUCUUCAGGCUUGCCUUCUGCAAAUUGUUGGAUACAGAAACCUUAUUGCCGAUGUUGAAAAACUGCGCAGAGAACCCUAUGAUUCUGAGAAUCCCCAACAUGAAGAAAUGCUUUUGAAGUUAUGGAAAUUCUUGAAGCCCAAUACUCCACUGGAAUCUCGGAUUUCUAAGCAAUGGUGUGAAAUUGGUUUCCAAGGUGAUGAUCCUAAAACAGAUUUUCGAGGAAUGGGACUUCUGGGACUGUACAAUUUGCAGUAUUUUGCAGAAAGGGAUGCUGCAGCAGCUCAGCAGGUCCUCUCUGAUUCUCUUCAUCCAAAAUUCAGCAAAUUCAGCAAAACAGAGUGGGAGAAGAAAAGGAUGGAUAAAGCAAUUGGGUACUCGUUUGCAAUUGUGGGCAUCAAUAUAACUGAUCUGGCAUAUAAUCUACUGAUCAGUGGAACUCUCAAGACCCAUUUCUACAAUAUCGCCCCAGAAGCUCCAACAUUAUCCCACUUCCAGCAAACGUUCUGCUAUUUGAUGCAUGAGUUUCAUAAGUUUUGGAUUGAAGAGGACCCCAUGGAUAUAAUGGAAUUCAAUCGUGUGCGGGAGAAAUUCCGCAAGAGGAUCGUAAAACAGCUGCAGAACCCAGACAUGGCACUGUGCCCACAUUUUGCUGCCUCGGAAGGUUUAAUCAACAUGUAGUUGCCCACACUGGUUCUAAUGGAUGCCCUGGAACACUGCCUCAUUGUCAUGUUAGGUCUCUGCUUAGGUCCCAGCUCAUACACUGAAUGCACACAGUGAUUGUAUGCAUGCCUUUUGAUACACUAUUUUCAUUUCUUGGUCAUAAUUAUCAGAUCCCCAGAUCCCACUAUUUCUGGAGUUAUCUGUCAUCCAGUGACUGCUCAUAUUGUGGCAUUAGGCAGCGUUACAUCUUGCCUUGACAGCCAGGUAUAGAGAGAGUUUUCUAUUUUUUUAGAUGGUUUUUUUUUCCUCCCCCUCAUUAUUCAGCAUUAAAGAAUUGUAAUUUCUCUAGCUGUAUUUUGUAUGUAAGAAAUUUAGCUGAAUCUUGUUCUGUGAAAGCCUUUUAAUUUAUUGACAUGUUUCAUGACUGCUGCUGCUAGCUUUCCAAGCCAAGUUCAGGCUUGGGUCUCCUUCCAAAAAAAUAUAAGACUUUAAAAUAACACAGACAGACACAUGAUAAGCCAAACUCUUCGUGCAAACAUAGACGCGCUUCACAAAAAUGUGAUGAGGCUCACAACGCGCAGCCUUAGGUAGAAGCUAUUUUUGUUUCAAAUGCUGCAGAAUUACAUUGUAACUUGCUUAUCCCCAUUUGCAAUUGUGUCAUAGUUAUCUGGAUUUCAAAUUGUUUUAUUUCCCUAACUUCAC